UUUACUACCUUUUAUUUUAUCUUUAAAAUGUCGGUCUUGUUAUUUGUUAUUCAUUUGUUACCAACAGUCUGUGCUUUCUUAUUCGAGGGUAACCACGGACAUCCUGGGCAGGGAUCGGGAACUGAGUUUUUCCCGCGAGAUUGUCAGGAUAUUUUGUGGUCGGGGUAUUCGGAGAGUGGGGUGUACACGAUUUACCCUCAGGGCAGUGGACAACUCGACGUUUUCUGUGAUCAAAAAACUGACGGGGGAGGCUGGACGGUUUUUCAAAGGAGAGAUGACGGAAUAAUUGAUUUCUUUCGGAACUGGAUUGAUUAUAAAUAUGGAUUUGGAAAUAUAACGGAUGAGUUCUGGUUAGGGAACCACCGUAUCUAUGAAAUCGUCAAGCAGGGUUUCUAUGAACUUCGAAUAGAUAUGGGUGACUUUAACAGCGUUAGGAAAUAUGCCUUGUACAGAAGAUUUUCCAUCGGUGACGAACACAGCGGGUAUGUUUUAACGGUUGAAGACUACGUGGGAGAUGCAGGUGAUUCAUUUUCUCGACACAAUGGGAACCAAUUUUAUACUAAAGACCACGACUCGAAUAGCUGUGCUGCCACAUACAAAGGCGGGUGGUGGUAUGACAAUUGCCAUGCAUCCAAUCUUAACGGACUAUACUUGACUGGAAAUCAUGCUUCUUAUGCUGAUGGUAUAAACUGGUCUGCCUGGCAUGGCUACCAUUAUUCCCUAAAAUUUACAGAGAUGAAAAUCAGACGAUUAUAAUAAAUGGCUGUCACAAUGCGGGAUUAACGAUUUUU